AUACAGAGGAAGCACCCCGCCAGAUAUUAACUUAAUACGUAAUGAUCAAGAUGAAAACAGAAACUUUUACUAAUUUAAACUUCCCUUGCAGAGAGAAAAGUCUAUAACAAUAUCUAUUGGUGUAGAAACUUGUAACAAAUUUGAUUGGUUAGGACAAGAAGAUACUUCUACUCAAUAAUAAAGGCCACCGCGUAUUUGUUCUUGCCUAGAUUAUGCAACCAAACUUACGAUAAACAACUUCAGUUUAGUCAACUUGACCUUUUCCUUCUUUUUGUUGUUAAUUUAUUUUCUUUGCUGCUUCUGUCUAUAUAUAUCUCAUUCUCCAGCUUUCUUCAAAUAGCUUCAAAGCAAUAUCAAUUGAAAACCAGCUUUCUUCUAUAUCUCUUUCUCCAGCUUUCUUCCAAUAUCUUCUAUACAGCCCUCUUUUUCAAGCUCUGAUUAAAGAGAAAACCAAUCAAGACUCCUGAAGAUGGUUGAUGCCUUUGUGUCAUUUGCAGUUGAAAAACUGGGUGACUUUCUCAUACAAGAAGUUGCAUUGCGCAUAAGUCUGAGAGAGGAUGUGCAGUGGCUGAGAAAUGAGCUGCUCUUCAUGCAAUCUCUCCUCAAAGAUGCAGAACAAAAGCAAGUUGAAGAUAAAAGAGUUCAACAAUGGGUAUUUGAAAUCAACUCUAUUGCUAAUGACACUGUCGCUAUACUGGAGACUUAUAUCUCCAUGGCAGGAGAAUCUGAUGACCAUGGAUUUGCUAGUCGUCUUAAGGCUUGCGCUUGCAUAUGUAGGAAGGAGACCAAAUUCUACAACAUCAGCAAGGAGAUCCAAUCCCUCAAGAAGCGAGUCAUGGAUAUCUCUCGCAAACGGGAGACGUAUGGUAUUAGAGACACCAACAAUGCAGGAGAAGGGACAAGUAAUCAGUCCGCCAUGGUUAGAACAUUGAGGAGAACUACCUCCUAUAUAGAUGACGAUCAUAUUUUUGUUGGCUUUCGGGAUGUUGUAGAAAGCUUGCUAGCUGAACUUCUCAAAGCAGAGCCUCGCCGAAGUGUCAUCUCCAUUUAUGGUAUGGGCGGGUUAGGCAAGACCACUCUUGCAAGAAACCUCUACAACUCUCCUAAUGUAGUCUCUAGCUUCCAAACACGCACUUGGAUAUGUGUUUCUCAAGAGUACAACACCAUGGAUCUCCUUAGGAAUAUCAUAAAAUCUAUCCAAGGUCGUACAAAGGAAAGUCUGGAUUUGUUGGAAAAGCUGACAGAGACGGAUCUAGAAAUUCACCUUCGGGGCCUAUUGGAAGAACGCAAAUACCUUGUGGUUAUUGAUGAUGUAUGGCAGAGAGAGGCAUGGGAAAGUUUGAAAAGAGCCUUCCCAGAUAGCAAGAAUGGCAGCAAAGUUAUUAUUACCACACGCAAGGAGGAUGUUGCUAAAAGAGCAGAUGACAAAGGUUUUGUCUAUAAACUUCGUUUCCUUAGCAAAGAAGAGAGUUGGGACCUCUUUUGCAGGAAACUACUUGAUGUUCAGGCAAUGGUCCCAGAAAUGGGAACGCUAGCUAGAGAUAUGGUGGACAAGUGUGGAGGCUUACCUCUUGCAAUUGUUGUAUUAAGCGGGCUACUUUCGCAUAAAAGGGGGCUACAAGAAUGGCAAAAGGUGAAGGCACAACUUUGGCGGCAUAUGAAAGAUGACUCUAUUGAAAUCUCCUACAUACUAUCACUGAGCUACAAUGAUUUGUCAACUGUACUCAAGCAGUGUUUUCUUUACUUUGGUAUUUUUCCAGAUGAUCAUUUGAUCUAUGUUGACAACAUAAUGUGGUCGUGGAUGGCCGAAGGAUUCAUACCAGAAGGAGAAGAAAAAACAGAGGAUGUAGCUGAGGGCUUCCUGAAUGAGCUAAUAAGACGAAGCUUGAUUCAAGUGGUAGGUACAAGUUGGAAAAAAGAUGUUAGAUGCAAGAUGCACGAUCUUCUUCGGGAUCUUGCCGUGCAGAAGGCAUUGGAGGUAAAAUUAUUUGACAUUUAUGAUCCAAGAAAGCAUUCCAUAUCCUCCUUAUGUGUUAGACACAUCAUUCAUGGUCAAGCACAAAGGUACCUCUCACUUGAUCUUUCUAACUUGAAGUUAAGGUCAAUUAUGUUCCUUGAUCGAGAUUUUUUUAAGAUGUGUCUUAUAAAGUUUCAUGAUGUCUUCCAACAUAUAUAUGUGUUAUACUUGGAGAUUGGUUCUGGCGCUAUUCUACCUGAUGCCAUAGGAAGUUUGUACCACCUCAAGUUCUUAAGCUUGAGAGGUAUCCGUGAUCUUCCCUCCUCCAUUGGCAGCCUCAAGAAUUUACAGACACUUCGUGUCUUGAAUGACUAUAGACACUUAUGCCAACUACCCCCCGAAACAGCUAACCUAAUAAAUCUAAGACACAUAGUUGCUUUGUAUUCAAGACCUCUGCAACUUAGCAAACUCACAAGUCUUCAAGUUCUUAAAUACAGUUGUUGUGAUCAGUGGAGAGAUGUUGAUCCCGUUGAUUUAGUGAAUCUUCAAGAAUUAGGCAUGUAUGAUAUUAUGAAUACUUACUCCCUAAAUAACAUUGGCAGCUUGAAAAACCUUAGCUCUCUCAUGUUGCGUUGUAAAGUUGAUGAAUCAUUCCCAACCCUUGAAUAUCUUCGUUCUUGUCAAAAGCUCGACAAAUUGUGGUUAGAGGGGAGAAUAGAAAAAUUGGACCAUUUUCCAAAUUCCAUCACAAUGAUGGUCCUUUGGAAGUCAGAACUCAUGGAGGAUCCCAUGCCUAUUUUGGGAAUGUUGCCAAAUCUAAGGGAUCUUGAUUUAGUAGGAGCUUAUGAAGGAAAAGAAAUUACCUGCAGUAAUAACAGCUUUUAUCAACUAGAAUUUCUUCGUCUUGAUGGUCUUCAGAAGCUAGAAAGAUGGCAUUUAUCCACAAGUUCCAUGCCUCGCAUUAAAGGUUUUGGUAUCCAUGAUUGUUCAAAGUUGAAGGAGAUUCCCCAGAGAAUAAAAGACGUUGCUAUCCUGGAGAAGUUGAAGGGUAUUGAUCAAGAGUUUGGAGAAUAUUACAGAGUCACUAGCUUUGGAUGAAGCUUUUCAAGCAUAUAUGAUGUGGUAUCAAUUUCGACCUCUUUCACUAUGGCAGAGAAUUAAGGUGAAACAGGAGAAGUUAAAUGGAAGAUGCGGCAUUUGUUUUGCAAACACAGAAGCACUUCAAGACCUUAGCAUUGAUGAGAGAUUGCCCAGCCUUCGGCAUUUUCUUUUUGUUUUGUUUUUGUGAGUGUUUGGAAUCGGUUUGAAGAGAAUUGUGUUUGGAUUGUUGUUGAUUUUGUAUUUUGAGAGUUUUAAUUUCUUUGUUCCAAAACAAGACAUGUUUAGAAAAGAAAACAGAACACCUGUUUUCAGAAAACAAACAAAAACAAUUUUCCAGAAAAAACUCCAGAGUCUGCCUUCAAACCUCUCGUUAUCACUGCCUCGCGUCUCAUCAAUCAGAAAAAACUCUCGAGUCUACAAACACUUAAAUACAUUCAUUAUGACCAGUGGAAAAAUGUUGACAAUGUUGGUUUGGUCAAUCUUCAAGAACUAGUUGUGAGAGGUAUUAGGAAAUCUUACUCCAUAAAUACUUGGGAGAAAGGGACCAGAGUCACACACUCUAUUACUAAACUGCUAGCAGUUCAUCACUAAUAUCACUGAACUUUACUCAGAAAACUUGAAAGUGACUGUAUAUUACAUAAAACCAGAGAAAGGAAAAUCUACAUCAAUUUCCAAAUCAUCAGAAGAGAGGAGAGAGAGAAAUCUGCUAUCAUUGAACUCAUCACAUUUCACAUUAUUUAGUAGGUAAGUCCAAAACAUAUCUCUGGAAUGGACUUCAUGCAUCCUUUCAUCAUCUCAAAAUGUGACUUGAAAGAAUGUCUUGGAUUUAUAGUUGCAGGUAUAUACAAGUAUAUUAAGGGGUACAAAACUUCUCCUUUUUCACACUUCUGAUAAAGAAUUUAACUUAUAUACAUUGGACAGUGUAAAAGAUGUUAUACUAUCAAAUGUACUGAUAGUGUAGAAACUUUAUAGUUAUUUUUAAUUAUCUUUUAAAUGAACUGAUAUUGUAGAAAUUUUCUUGCACUGUCUGUGCUCUUUGAUAAAUACAUGUGCAGGGAAAACAAGUAGAGUAUAUUACCAAUUAGUUUCCUUUUUCAUUUUUCACUUUUCAAUAUGAUUUUUAAAAUGGAGCCUUGGCGUGACUGGUAAAGUUACAGUCAUGUGACCAGGAGGUCACGGGUUCGAGCCGUGAAAACAAUCUUUUGCAGAAAUGCAGGGUAAGGUUGCGUACAAUAGACCAUUGUGGUCCGGCUCUUCCCCGGACCCCGCGCAUAGCGGGAGCUUAGUGCACCGGCCGCCCCUACUUUUCUGCAGGAUCACUGAAAACAAUUGUGCAACAAAUGCAUAGUUUGUUGAUCAUAUGUUCCAGCGCCAAUACAUCUCAAAGACUUAAGUUCAGCACUAGAAAAUGGCCUCAUAUACCUUACUUGGCUAUUGCACCUCUCACUUCAGAUUCGAAUUUUAUUCCGUAUCAAUAAACAUCUGGUUGUUGCGCGACUCCACUUCAACCACAUUGAUAAUUUUACAGAACUUUAUACCCAAAUAAUAAAAUGAUAGAAGAACUCAUUCCUGAGAGGGGACAUAGAAUUAAGAAAUUAAAUUACUACUCCCCCCACCCCCCACAAAAAUAAAUACUCACUUCGUUUCAAUUUAUACGAACCU